AUGCUUAUGUACCCACGUAAGGGUCUCAUCACCGAUCCAUACAACUCAGAGGACAUCAUCAUACAAGACGACCAGUACCCACCUGAUUUCUAUUCCGAGAACGCUUUGCACUACGAUCAAUCUCGUUUGCAAUCACCGUUCCAGUGCCACCCCAGUGUACAGCUCUCCCCGCCAUCUUCCGCACCUUCCUCGCCUACUUUCUCCUCUCCGACCUUCUCGACUUCUUACCCGCAGACGUCUGACUGUCAGUCUUUCGGGGCUCCUUCGAUGACCCCGGCGCCUUCAUAUAACCCGUCGUACGACAUUCAGGGUUCCAAUUCACCUUCGCACUACUUGCCUCAAUAUCCCCAGCAAUAUUAUACGCCGAUGCUGGUGCAACAGCCUCUCGCCGGUAACCAGGGUUGGGACAGCAACCUGCAGUUGUUGAGCCCCGCGCGCAUCCCAUACGCCGGUGUACAAAAGAGAUCUUCGCCUUCGGCAUCCUCGCGCUCAGCCCCCUCGGGAUUGGCACCCAACAACUACCACCGCCGUUCCAACAGCGCCAACAAGCCGCUGCCAACCCCGGUGCAAACUCCUAUUCAGAAUUCAUUCCUUGCGACUCCCUUCCAAAGUUUCGAUCCCUCCUCCCAAGAUGGUCACAACGCCGAGGCCGAGUCUGCUAUGAGAAAAGCGAUCAUGGAUCAACAGAAGCAGUCACCUCCGCAGCAAAUUCAGAACGACUACUCACUGGCUCCUUCGGUGUCAACAAUGAGCCAUAACUCGCCGGUGACUCCGCAAACUACCCUCGACGAACUCGACGACGCAUCCAAGUCGAUGACCAAUGAAUAUAAUAGCGCCAAUGGUGCCAUGUCAAUUGGAGUCCCCAAGCUGAACAGAACCAUUUCCGAUAUAUACCAAGACGAAUUAUACAACCCCACCAUGAUGGCUGCGCCCCAGGUAUCCAAGUCGAUGGGACAACAGCACCUCAACCCACGCAAUUUUAUUGCCGAUCGCCUGCAAGCUGCCAACCAAGGACAUCUAUCUGCUCGUUCGCAAUCGCCUGCCAACCAACGGGAUCGCUCACCUUUCCGUGCCUCUUCUCCAUUUGCCGGUGACAUGGGUAACAACACUCUCCAGCAGCCUCAGAUGGCUACCAGCAUGCCUAUGGGGCAGAACGCUAUGAACGGAAUGAACAUGGGCCAGACCUCAAACACUGGAGAUAUCAAGACUAUGUCCCCCAAGGAUGCAGCUGAUUUCAACCUGGGUGAUGCGCUUGGCUUGCGACACAAUAAUGGCUCAAUGCGACCGAUGGAAGCUUUCCCUCAAUAUUCGGUACCCAGCAUGGCCCAGCCACAAUUCGCAUUUUCCGAACCUCAGAUGCAUCGCCCUCAGAGUAACCUCUUGCAGCAGAGUACCGAGUUCCCUUCGCUUCCAGCAGUGGAAUCAUCUACCGAGAGCUCGCCUCCAAGCCAAAUGAAUAUGUCGAUUACCGAGGGUAUUCCCCGUCCCGCCAACACAUCUUCGGAUGCAGGCACCUACACUUGCACCUAUCACAACUGUUCCGACCGCUUCGACUCUCCCUCCAGACUCCAGCGACACAAGCGCGAGGCACACCGGCAAACAACACCGGGCGGCCACCUUGUCAGCCGCGACACCUCGCUCCGCAACUCCCAGGCUGGCCCGCACAAGUGCGAACGCAUCAACCCGUCUACAGGCAAAGCAUGCAACUCUAUCUUUUCUCGGCCUUACGAUCUUACACGGCACGAGCAUACGAUCCACACUGCCGGGAAGCAGAAGGUGCGCUGUCACAUCUGUAACGAGGACAAGACCUUCAGCCGAAACGAUGCUCUGACAAGACACAUGCGUGUGGUUCAUCCCGAAAUCGACUGGCCAGGCAAGCAGCGCAGGAGAAGAGACUGA